UCUUAUCUAGUUACUCUUAUAUAUGUGGUUAUGCCUUACUUAUGUGUCAAUACAAAGUCUCUUUGUUUAUUUAUCUCUUUGCAUUGCUUGUUAAAAACAUUGUUGAUUAUUUCAUCGUGCUCUUUAUUUAUGACUUCUACUUGUUCAUCUCUGUCUCGUAAUUGGAUAUACCAAGUAUUCCCGAGCUUCUGUGGAAGAGACGUCCGCAGAGCCUUUCUUAGUCACAUUAUGAAAGAGCUCAGCAGCAAGGGAAUCACACUCUUCAUUGAUAAUGAGAUAAAGCGAGGCCAGUCUAUCGGUGCUGAGCUCAUACUAGCGAUCCAAGGAUCAAGGGUUGCGAUUGUUUUGCUCUCGCGUAACUACGCUUCUUCAAGCUGGUGUUUGGAUGAGUUAGUGGAAAUCAUGAAGUGCAGGGAAAAUAAGCAACAAACAGUGAUGCCCAUUUUCUACGAAGUGGAUCCAUCUGAUGUCAAAAAUCAGACGGGAGAUUUUGGAAAGGCCUUUGACGAAACUUGUGGGGGAAAGCCAGAAAAGUUGAAGCAGGCAUGGAAGCAAGCUUUGAAGGAUGCGGCAAGUAUAGCUGGUUAUCACUCUUGCAACUGGUACAAUGAAGCUGAUUUUAUCAACAAAAUUACCUUGGAUGUUAUGGGUGUGUUGGAUUUUACACCAUCAAGGGAUUUUGAUGACUUUAUUGGCAUAGGAGCUCGUAUCACGGAGAUAAAUUCUUUGCUGAGCCUAGAGUCAGAUGAAGUGAGGAUAAUAGGGAUAGUGGGUCCUGCUGGGAUUGGUAAGACGACUACUGCCAGAGUUUUAUAUAACACCAUCUCUGGUGGUUUUAAAUUCAGCGCGUUUAUUGAGAAUAUCAAAGGAAGCUAUGGGAGGCAUUGUUAUGAGGACUAUCCAUUAAAGUUGUGUUUGCAGAAACAGUUAUUGUCUCAAAUUUUCAACCAGAGGGAUAUUGAGGUUUCUCACUUACGAGUUGCUCAAGAAAAGCUGGGAGAUAAAAAAGUAUUGGUAGUUCUUGAUGGAGUGGAUAGCUUAUGGCAACUAAAUGCAAUGGCAAACCAGCCUGGAUGGUUUGGCCACGGAAGUAGGAUUAUCAUUAUAACCGAAGAUAGAAAACUCUUCAAGGCACACGGGAUCAGUCAUAUUUACGAGAUGGAACUUCCAACAGGAUAUGAGGCUCUUCAAAUCUUCUGCCUAUAUGCUUUUGGUCAGAAGUCCCCAUAUGAUGGUUUUGAAGAGCUUGCUUGGGAAGUUACUGAACUUGCAGGUGAACUACCGCUAGGCCUAAGAGUUAUGGGAUCGUAUCUACGAGGAAUGUCCAUGGGCGAGUGGAUAGACGCACUACCAAGGCUCAGGUCUAGCCUUGACGGAGAAAUUGAAUCAUCUUUAAGAUUUAGUUACGACGUCUUAAACGAUAAAGAUAAAGCUCUUUUUCUGUAUAUUGCCUGUUUCUUUGUUGGUUUCAAGGUGGAUUACUGUAAAAGAUGUCUUGCAAACAGUGGUUUGGAAGUCAACCAUGGCAUUCAAAUCUUAGCUCAUAAAUCUCUCAUCUCUACUACAGAAUAUGGACACUACUUGCAGAUGCCUCGUUUACUGCAACAAAUGGGUAGAGAAAUUGUCUAUAAACAAUCUGUUGACGAGCCUGGAAAACGACAGUUCUUGAUGAAUUCCGCAGAGAUUUGUGAUUUACUUGAUGAAAAUACUGGUUCUGGAACUGUUCUAGGCAUAAUAUUCCAUCCUCCAGAUAUAGAACAAGAAGUCAAAAUAAGUGAAAAGGCUUUCGACAAGAUGAAUAAUCUCCAGCUUUUUGUAAUCAGCUCUAAUAGGUCAAGCUACCCCGAAAUUGGCUACGUUAGUAGCUUAUUGUUACCCGAGAGCGUCGGCUGUGGUAGCUUAUGCUUACCUGAAGGCUACGUUAGUACCUUAUGCUUACCCGAAAGCGUCCACUCUAGUAGCUUAUGCUUACCCGAAGGUCUCAACUGUCUACCCGACAAACUCAGAUUAUUACAUUGGGAUUGUUGUCCAUUGAGAGUUUGGCCUUCUAAGUUCUCCGGAAAGUUUCUUAUCGAACUUACAAUGCGUCGAAGCAAACUUGAGAAGCUUUGGGAGGGAAUCAAACUGCUCCAACAUCUUAAGCGGAUGGAUUUGAGACAUUCCAAGAAUCUGAAAGAGAUUCCUGAUCUCUCAAAAGCCACUAAUCUCGAGGAACUAAAUCUAUUUGGCUGCGAAAGUUUGCUAGAGCUCACCACCUCUAUAGGGAAUGCCACUAAGCUUACGAGAUUGAACCUUGGCGGUUGCUGCCUUUUAAAGGAGCUCCCUUUCUCUAUAGGCAAUGCCAGAAAUCUCCAAUUUUUUAGUCUUUUGGAUUGCGCAAGUUUGGAGGAACUCCCGUCUUCUAUGGGUAGGUUAGUUAAUCUAAAGGAGUUUAAUCUCCGCAACUGCUCGGAAUUGGUGAGACUCCCCUCCUCUGUUGGGAACCUUCACAAAUUGCCGUACUGGGAUUUGAGUGGAUGUAAAAAGCUAGAGGCGUUUCCUACCAACAUCAAUCUGAGAAGCACGGCUAUAGAGGAAUUUCCUUCAUCAUCAAUCAUCUUUUGGUCUUGUCUUCAUAGCUUGAAUAUGUUAGGGUGUAGGAAUCUCAAGGAGUUCCCAUAUGUUCCUGACAGCAUUGUGGAGUUGGAGUUGAGCAAGACAGGGAUAGAGGAGAUUCCUCCAUGGAUUGGGAAUCUAAUUCAUCUGCGUAAACUUCUUAUGCAUAGAUGCAAGAAACUGAACUUGAUAUCUCCAAACAUUUCGAAGUUAGAGAAUCUUGAACUUGGUUUGAGUUUUGGUUGGAUUCUUUAUCACGAUGAUGGGGAUGAUGAUGAGAAUGGUGAGGAUGAAGAAGAAGCAGUUGACGGUGAUACUAAUGGUCAUGGUGAUGGUGAUGGUGAUGGUGAGGAUUGCGAUAAUUACGAUGGUGAGGAUAAAAAUGCUCUCUGGUUUAGUUUUGAUUUGAAUUUCUAUGACGUUGAUGGAAAUGAUGAUGAUAGUAAGGAUAUAGAUGGUGGAGAGGACGGUGAGGAUGAGGAUGAAGAUGAAGAUGACGGUGAUAGUCAUGGUGAUGGUGAACAUUGUGAUAAUUACGAUGAUGAAGAUGGCGAUGCUGACUGGUUUAGUGCAAAGAUCGUCGUGACGCAUUGGUCUUUAAAGUCAGACUUCGAUGCUCAUAAGAUUAUACCGAUAUGUCUACCCAUGAAGGCUUUUACAUCUCCGCUUAGAUUAAAUUUCAGUUGCAAUAGGUACAAGACUCUUCCAAAUUGCAUCACACAUCUCUCCAGAAUAACGGAGCUUGAUAUCAGCAACUGUACAAAACUCGCAACACUUCCACAGCUUCCGGGCACCCUUUAUUCUCUAAAUGCAGAAGACUGCAUAUCCUUGAAGAGAAUAGACGGCUCCUUUCCAAACCCAGAGAUUUUUCUAAAUUUCGUUAACUGCAUCAGUCUGAAUCCGGAUGCGAGAGAGCUCAUCCAGACAUCAGCUUGCAGAUAUGCCCUCUUACCCGGCGAAGAAGUUCCUGCACACUUCACUCACCAAGCUACGUUGCGCUCAUUAACUAUCAACUUGACUCCGAGGCAUCUUCCUUCACUUUUGAGAUAUAAAGCCUGCAUGUUGCUGUCAACUACUGGCUGCCAUCCGCAUUAUGAAGAUGUGGAGGAUGAUGGUGAUUAUGGAAGGGAUGACUAUUCGGUGACUUGUAACGUCAGGGGUAAACAGAAUGGCUUUAUUGUUCCAUAUGGAUCAACCUGUCCCUAUGUACCAGAUCUACGUGGAUUUACAGAGAGGCCAAAUGGUCUGUAUAUUUUUGAAGGUUCUUUCUCUCUAAACCAGGAUUUCCCUGAAGCCAAAGAAGCCACUGUCAGCGAGCUUUUGUUUGACUUCGUGGUCUAUGCAAAAUUCUGGAACGUGAAAGCCUAUGGUGUACAACUUUUGGAGGUUCGUUAUCGUACUCUUGACGGAGAAGAAACUGAAGACGAAGACUGUAUGGACAGAAACAUGGAAAAAAACAAUGAAGCUGAAGAAAGAGAUCAAUGAUGAACUGAUGAUGGUGAGACGAGGAGGAAGAAACCGAUGAGAUGUAGUCUUGCGUAGAUGAUGAUGUUGUUUUUUGACCUCACUCACACAUCUUUGAGGUCAGCUCACUCAUGCUCUUGUUCUCUCUAUUUUACUCUUUCUUAGAAAUAAAACAAGAUCACUUACUCUCUUACUCUCUACUGAGAACGAAGUGCGCCCAGAGAUGCAUCACAUGAUCAGUGAUAUAUUCAAAAUCGAAAGUUCAUGUCAUUGGAUCCAGAUCCUAGUUUUGAUGUCUCACACUCUCUGAUAUAUGCAUCAUUUUAACAAUUUGUCUCCCUUUUUCUCUCUCGAUUUUAUUAUAAAGAAUAUCUUCUUGGC